GCGCCGGUCGAGCGACGUCGUCUCGGCCUUCGCCAAGGCCAACGGCGGCGCGUCGGCGGGCGACAAGAUGCUCAUCAAGAUCGGGCGGGCGGCCAACGUGCAGCGCCGCAUGCAGCAGUGGACCAAGCAGUGCUCGUACGAGAUCGAGGUGCUGCGCUACUACCCCUACCUGCCGGGCGCCAGCGCCGCGUCCGGGGAGCAACCGCGCAUGACGCCGCACGUCCACCGCGUCGAGCGGCUGAUUCACAUCGAGCUGGCGGGACUGGGGCUGCACGCCGGGCCCAUCAACUGCGCCGGGUGCAACCAGGUCCACCGCGAGUGGUUCGAGGUGCAGACGUCCAAGAAGGGCAUCGGGGCGGUGGACGAGGUCAUCCGGAGAUGGGUCGACUGGGACGAGACGCAGUCGUAGUAAGCUCCAGUGCGACGUGAUUCAGGACGGGACAGGACAGGACAACAAUCAUCCCAGCGUUGUAUUUAGACUAUUUUUUUCUCCUUUUUUCCCCCUUCCUCGCGCGCGCGUGGUUUGCAUGGAGGACGGCGCAAACGGGAUAGUUGUUUGCGGGUAGAUGGUGUGUCAUGGUGACGAUCUCUCUGCAAUGUUCACGGAAUAGAGAGAACAAGCGUGUGCGCGGAUUCUGGGGAUCAACAGAACCCUGCCACUCUCACAAGAGGCUACUGCAAUACCAAAGAAGUACAGUAUGUACGAAGUAGAGGCAAAAAACCCGUCCCGCCGGUUUAGGUUGGCUCAUGUGUGUGUACCUAGCGUACCGUACAUACGUUGAUGGGGCCACCG